AGGUAAAGUCCAAUGUUCAUCUUACUUCGUUGUGUUUGGAAUUGUUUCUGCUGACUGCUCUGACUGUGGCUAAAAGCGAUCUAAAAUCAAGACUGACAGAAUAUUGCUGAAUAAUUGUCUUUCUUGUGAAAGAACACCAACCAUUUCCAGUUGAGCAAUGAACACAGAAGAAGGGGAGACAAGAGGCACAAAUUAUAUAAGCUUGGAUGAAUUUAACAUUUCCAAAGAGUGGGGAUUUGUUUUACCGAAUCCAUUGUCUGACCUACCAAAAAUGUACCAACCUUGGAUGGAGAUUGCAAACAACUUAACCCAUUUGAUUGAACAUCAUCAGCUUCGUUGUGAAGUCAACAACAUGCAACUCCUGAGCACAGAUUUUCUCAGUGGGUAUAAACAGCUACGGUUGGCACACUUGGCACUCAGCUUUAUUACAAUGGGCUAUGUGUGGCAGGAGGGAGAACACAACAUUGCAAAGGUACUGCCCAAGAGCCUUGCAGUGCCAUACUGUGAAGUGUCCAAAAUCCUUGGGCUACCGCCUAUCUUAGUUCAUGCAGACUGUGUUUUAACAAAUUGGAAGAAAAAAGAUGCCAAUGGGACAAUGGAGCUGAGAAAUUUGGACAUUAUCUUCAAAUUGCCAGGAGGCGACAGCAUUAAAGGAUUCUUCCUGGUGACACUCAAGGUGGAACUGGCAGCUGUACAAGGCAUCAAGGCUAUUUCCAUUGCAACUGAAGCAAUACUGAGACAUGAUGAUGAUUCAAUUAAAAAUGCUUUACACGAUAUGGCUGAAUCAAUUAGGAAGAUGAAUCAAUCUCUGAAGAAGAUGGAUGAAUAUGUGGAUCCUGAGACUUUCUAUGGGAUAAUUCGACUCUUUCUUUCUGGGUGGAAGGAUAAUCCAGCCUUUCCAGAAGGCUUGUUGUAUGAAGGAGUGUGGGAUAAACCUCAGUUCUUCUCAGGUGGGAGUGCUGCACAAAGUUCCACUCUGCAAUCUUUUGACGAGUUUUUGAGAAUACGUCAUGAGGAAAAAAAUGCUGAAUUCUUGUACCGGAUGAGGGACUACAUGCCUCCUUCACACAAGGCUUUCCUCCAAGCAAUUGCCUCAGGACCAUCUGUGCGAGAGCACAUCAUGCUCAACAGAAAUCCUGCCCUCCGUGAGCUGUACAAUGAUUGCAUAGCUGCGCUUGUUGAUCUGAGGAACUAUCACAUUACAGUUGUCACUCGGUAUAUCACGAUAACUGCAGCCAAAGCAAAAGCAGAGAAAGCCAAGCAAAACAGCUCAGCACUUUUAUUACAGAAGGCCCCAGCUGCCUUAGCUGAACGGGGAACGGGUGGAUCAGGAAUCAUGUGUUUGCUUAAAAGUGUCCGAGAUGCGACUAAGAAAGUAAUGAUUGAUAACAUUUGGUGACAUCAAUCGAGGUUAACUCAUUUAUUGUACUAAAAUAUCUAACUAAUAUAUAAUUAUUCAGGAAGCCAGACAGCUUAUUUAUUGGUAAAAUGUGAGGUAACAGUGAAAUCUUCAUAUAUCAUGAGCUAUCAAUGACAAAGACACUAUAGUGACAACACUGACACUAACUACUUCUAAAAAUGAUUCGGAGAUGCCGGUGUUGGACUGGGGUGUACAAAGUUAAAAA